GCGACGUCAGGCGUUCCAUGGCGCACGGCACGGGGUUUGCAGCGGAGUGAGCGCGCGCUGCCCUCGGUCGCCGGGUGAGCGGCCCCGACCCGCCCGCGCACGCGCGCCAACCGCCGCCACCGGCCCAGCGCCAUGGCCGCCCUGGCUCCCGGAGACCCCAAACUCGUCUCCAUGAUCGUCAAUCACCUGAAGAACCAGGGCCUCUUCGACCAGUUCCGCCGCGACUGCCUGGCCGACGUGGACACCAAGCCUGCUUAUCAGAAUUUAAGACAACGAGUGGAUAAUUUUGUGUCCAACCAUCUUGCAAGUCAUACAUGGAGCCCUCAUCUCAACAAGAAUCAAUUAAGAAAUAGUCUUAGACAGAUGGUACUACAGUCGGGUAUGCUGGAGGUAGGCGUUGACAGAAUUAUUUCUCAAGUUGUGGAUCCAAAAAUUAAUCACAUAUUCCGACCUCAGGUCGAAAAAGCUGUUCAUGAGUUUUUAGCAACAGUAGAUCGGAAAGAAGAGCCUGCUGCUGUAAAUGGUGCUCAAAACUCUGAGAAACAAGAAUCAACUACUCCAGGUCCUUCCAGUUGUCCUAAUACAAGCAAAGCUGAUGAUGCCCUUUCUAUCCUGGAUACAAUAACCUCUCUUAAUCAGGAAGCUAGUGCUGCCAGGUCUACAGUUGAAAAUUCAUCAAGUAAAAAUUGUGAAAAGAAUUCUAAGAAGAUCUCCACGACAGAAAUGAAGUCUCAAAGUUUUGAUCUUGGAAUGGAGAAAGAUCAUGUCACUGAAGAAGCUGAAAAAUCUAUAUUGGAAGCCAAAGUGGAUGAUGGGAAGAUAUAUUCUAAGUCAGAAGGAUCAAUUAAUGCUUUAACAUCUUUGAAGACAUGUGAAGAUAAGCAUGAAAAGGCUGAGACUAUUGUGGAAAGUACAGAAGAUGUGAACGAUAAAAAUGAUAAGAGAGACAAAGAUGCAAUAAGAAAUGAACAAAUUGGGCUUUCAAAGAUUGAGAGAAGGGGAAGAAGAAAAAACUCUGAAUCUGUGAGACGCAUUUCUGAAAUUCUAACUGUUAAACAGACGGCCAAGGAAAACUUAAAGAAAGAAUAUUUCCUGGAAGAUUCUGAUUUUGAAGGCCUGAGUGACAUUACUGUCAGUUCCGUCCACACCAGUGAUCUUUCCUCUUUUGAUGAGGAAGAUGAUGAAGAAGAGGAGGGUGAAGUUCCAGAUUCUGACAGCUCUGAUGAAGUUCAAGAACAAAGUUCAGAAGAAAAAGAUAUGAAUGUAGAACCAAAUGAAGAAGGACAAAAGGAAGGUAAAGCAAAACCAGGACGACAUCCAUAUGUCCACAAACCGUUUCUGUAUUCAAAGUACUAUAGUGAUUCAGACGACGAAGAAACAGUAGUACAACGUCGACAGUCAAUCGCAAAAGAAAAGGCAGAGAGGUUACUGAGGCGACAGUGGAACAGGGAAAGAGGAGAGGACAAGCACAAACAGUUGGAAAUUGAGAAAGAUGGGCCACCAGAAGAGACUCAAAGGAAUGAAGAAAAUCUCCAAAUAUUGGAAAAAGGUAUUAACAGUAAUUCAAGUGUUGAAACCAAUUUAAGAACAAUGCAAGAGCCAACAUCACAAAUUUCAAAAGUUAGCAAAGCAGCUUUGAAAGAACAAAAAAUCUUGGAGAAAAAAGUGGCAUUGAGAAGAAAAAGGAAAGGAGAUUUAAGAACAUUAUCUCGGGAAAUUGAUUUGCACCAUGAAGAUAGAAAAAGAAAGCGAGAACUGCCAGAAGAAUUUAAGGAGACACGGAAUAGAUCUGAGAACAAGGAAAAAGCUUUUGCUUCUUGCACUUCUAAAGACUCCAAGAAUGCGCAGUCCACAGAUCAGUCACUCGGAUCUGUUCAGAUACUUUCGGAGUUUAGCCAGUCCAAUAGUGAAAGAAACAACCAUUUAAAAAAUGAUCACGAGUCUAGUCAAAAGCAACCAAGAAACAAUGAUUCAGAUGUGGGCAGAUUGGAUAUGUCUGGAGUAAAUAAGCUUGAUGACUUUGGAUUAGAGGAAAAUCUUACAGAUUCGUCAAAGCACAAAGAUGAGAUGAAACAUGUAAAACAAAGUGGGGAAGUAAUGUCUGAAAGCAGCCCUUGGACACAUGAUGUUCAUAUUGACGCUGAUCAAAAGCAGGAAUCUGCUUUAGAGGACAAUGUCACAACCAGCUGCCAUCAGGUUAUCUUAUCGCGUGACAGCAAAGCUCUAAUUUCUUCAACAGAUUCUGCAGAAUUACCAAUAAAAGAACAUGGUCAAGAUGUCAAAUCUAGGGACCACUCAAAACUAAAAGAAGAAAAAGGGAAAGAAAAGAAAUAUACUGCUGAAAGCUCCGGGCCAAAGUCUAGGGAGCAUACACAGGAAGAUACAAAGGGUCAUGAGAAAAACAAAGAAAAAAGAAAUGAAUCUGAAUGCAUGCGGCCAAAGUUCAAAGAAAACUCACAAGAUGAUGUGAAAUCCAGUGAAAAAUGGAAAGAAAAAAGAAAUGAUUCUGAAAACUCAUGCUCCAAAUUCAAGGAAAGCAUACAUGAAGAUGCUAAAAGCAGAGAAAAGAAAAAUGAUUCUGAACAUGGUCGAACUAAAUCUAGGGAAAAUACUGUAGAUGAGAAAAGCCAUGAGAAAGGUAAAGACAAGAAAUACAUGUCUGAACGCUCUCGAUCAUUAUCUAAGGAAGGCUUCCAGGAGGACAUGAAAGGUAAUGAAAAAGUAAAAGAAAAGAAAGGUGAAUCUGGGAACUCCCGAUCAAAAUCCAGAGAGAAAUUGCAUGAUGACACAAGAAGUCAUGAGAAAGUUAAAGAGAAUCAAAAUGAAUCUGGAAUCUCUCGGUCAAAAUCAAAGGAAACUGUACAGGAGGAUGUUCGAAAUAAAGAUAAACAGAAGAACUUUGAAAAUUCACGGUCAAGAUCAAAGGAAGAUUUGCAAGAAGAUAAAGCAAGGGAGAAGAAAAUAGGAAAGAGAAGAGAAUCUGAAAGCUCCUUGUCAAAAUAUAAGGAAAGAGUUGAUGGCUCUCGAUCCAAAACAAAGGAAAGCAUUGAAUUGUCACGAUCAAAGUCCAAGGAAGAUGAUGAAUAUAUUCAAAAAGGAAUAGAGAAAAAGCAUGAUUCUGAAACUGCUCGCUUGAAAUUCAAGGAACAUUCGGAAAUCGCUAGAUCAAAAUCCAGGGAAAAAUUGCAGGGAGAUGUUCAAAAUGAAGAGAGAAUAGAAAAGAAGCGUGAUUCUGAAAACACUCGACCUAAGUCUAAGGAUAAUGUUGAUGCCUCUCGGUCAAAAUCCAGGGAGAAAGUGCGAGAUGCUUUCCAAGGUGAAAAAAGAAUGGAAAAGAAGAAUAGUUCUGAAAAUGCUGGUGCAAAACCGAAGGAAUAUUCAGAAAGCUCGCACUCAAGAGUAAAAGAAAAGGUGCGAGAUUCUGCUCAGGGCACUUUGAAAGGAAUUGACAAGAAGCAUGACUUUAAAAUCAGACAUUUUGAAAAAUCACGUUCAAAAUCCAAAGAAGACUUGCAGGAAGAUAACACAAAGAAGAUGGAAAGAAAAUGCGAAUUUGGAAGUACUCGGCCCAAGUCUGGGGAACGCUCUGAACAUUCACGAUCAAAAUCUAAGGAGCAUUCUGAUGGUUCCCGAUCAAAACACAAAGACAGGGUGCAAGAAAAUAUUCAAAUCAAUGAAAAAGGAACGGACAGGAAGCACAAAUAUGAAAAUACUCUUUCAAAAUCCAUGGAACAUUCUGAAACAUCUCACUCAAAAUCCAGUGAGAAAGGAAAGGAAAACAUUAAGGACUGUGAAAAAGGAAAAUUAAAGAAGAAUGAUUUACAAAACUUUCAAUCUAAAUCUAAAGAAAUUUCUGAAAAUAUGCAAGCAAAGUCCAAAGAAAAAAUACAAGGCGAUUGGAAAGGAUUAGAGAAGGAUGAUGUUGAAAAUAUUGGGUCAUGUUCUAAGGAUCAAGUGCAAGAUCUUCAGGGUAAUGUGAUUUUAGAAGAAAAAGCGAUUAAGUCGCCAACUGCUAUGUCCAAGCCUGAAACAAUGGAAGAUGAACAAAGCAGAGAGAAGAACACUAACUUUAUAAAUGUGGCAAACAAUGAGGAGCAGACAGAAAUUGCCAAAAGUAAUGAAACAGACGAGAUAAAUAAAGUGGGGAAUGAUCAGUCAGGAUCCAAAGCUCACCUGAAAACAAAUAUUAAAAGUAAUGAGAUAGUAGAAGAAAAAAAUGAUAUUCAAAGUUUGGAAUUAAAAGAGAAUCAUUUGGAAGAAAAUGAAAUAAGUGAUACAAAAGAAAAAUCUGAAAAUACGCUGUCAGGAUCAAAUGAAGAUCAAACUGAUGAGAUUGAUGAUAAAAAACAAACUGAAACAGAAAAUUCCCAGUUGAACUCAAAAGAGAGCAUAUCAGAUAGUAAGGAAAUUCUGCACAACACUCCAGGAAAUUUAGUGGACGUAGAAAGUUUGAUAAAAGCUGAAGACAAAUUAGAGGAAAGAACAAAAGUCUUUGAAGAUGAAAAGAAUGAAGCGGGACCUUUGAAAGAUAUAAACAUGGGAGAAAAGGAGAUUGAAAUUGUACAAAACACUGAAUGUAAAACAUUUUUAGAUAAAGAACAAAGUAAAAAAAUAGCUCAUGACCAAUUCGUAAGACCAAAUAAGGUAAAUAUUCCUCCAAAUGUGGAACAACAUGAAUCUUUAAAUACCCCUUGUGAGACCAUUUCCCCUGGUACACCAACAAUGAAUGAUGCUGGGCUUCUCCAUUCAAUUGCUAAUAAAGCACAGUUUGUUCAUUAUGAUCCUUCUUCACCGGCUACUCCAACACUCGAUGAAACUUUUAGCUAUGAGGCACCUUCUAGUGUACCGGAAUCUGUUGUGCCCUCUGUGGAAAGUCCUGGAGAGCAAAAGGCUCAUAGUUCAGAAAAUGUUGCAGAAGAAUUGGGUGACAAGCAUCAAGAUGAAGAAAUGGACUCCAAAUGCGAUCCUUCAAAAGUGGAGUCACAAGAAUUGCCAGUACACCAGGAUGUCCUGCCAGAAAUCAACACAAGUGCCAAAAGUGAAUUGAAAGAUGAAGAUGUUACUGGGGAAUCUGUCAAAGAUGCUGAAGAGCAAAGUUCCACUAAAAGAGAAAGGAAACCCAAGCGUCCAUACACUCCAGUAGAAAAUCCUCCUAAAAGGAGACUACUUCAAUCAGAGGCAGAAUCUGCAGCGGAUGAACCUGUUGAAGCUGUAUUAGUUCAAGUACAAGAUGAGGACAAAGCAACACAAUCUCGAGGCAAAAUUACAUCAAAGGUUGAAGAAAAAGCAAGAAACCAGACAAAUGAUGCGAGUAGCCAGAAUAAACCAAACACUCGUGCAGCAAAGAAAGUAAGUAAUCAAGAGCAUUUGUCAGUACCUGAACGAGAACGACGUUCAUCGACUUUGGCAAAAGAGAAACUAACACCAGAUUCAAAGGCAGGAAAAUCUUCAGCAACAGUAUCAGUGACAAGAUCACGAAAUCAACCAUCACCUGUGAUUAAACAAGGACGUAAAAGAGAAGCAAGUCCAGAACGCAAAAGAAAGCAAAAAACAGAAGUGCCACCAAAACGAACGAGGCGAUAACUCAGAAUGUUCGAAGUUGCCACUUUAACUCAACAAAAUUAGUUGUGUACAUUUUAUAUUAUAAAUUAUAUUUGUUGUAGUAAUCUAAGGGAAAUGAAGUCAGUAUUGAUAGGUUAAUACUGUCUUUUUACUGUACUUUUGUGUUGUAUAUGAUAAAUGCAAACAUGUUGUGCUUUUACCUGUUGUAUCUUGCAAUUUUAAGUACAAAGGUUUUUCAUUCUAUGAAUGUAUUUUAUUUUUACCAAAUCCUAUUUAAUAAAAUUGUUUGCUGAAAGUAAGCAACUGAGGGAUGCAGCCAUUCACAGUAUAAUUUUGUACAUUGUACAUUCCUUGAUGUUCCAUGUGUUAUAUUCUUGGAGUGAGUAACGAACUAUUUUGUACUCAUACACGACUACUGAGCAUGUUCAGCUGGUUUAUAAUAAAACAUAUGUGCUCAUAUGGUGCUUUA